CUUUUCAUACUUUUGUAGGGUUGAUCAACCUCUUCUUCCCACUUCUUUCAAUGUUCCUGCAAAGAUCUCAUGCAAGCUCGGUAGGGAUUAGCAACUCAUGAUCAGUAAUCAUCAUUAUAGAGAUCAUGAUUCUGUAGUAUCAUACGUAUCCUCUCCUUUUCAUUGUGGAAAGCAUAUAGUUAGGUGGUGAGAAUCUGUGAGAUAGAGAUCAAAUAGAUUCACCAAAUGUCCGGCUUAGAACCAGGUUCUGAUCGCUAUGCCCGGCAGCUCCCGGUGCCGGAGCUCCAGCUGCAAAGAUCAGCACAGCCCCAACUCGCAGAUUCAGAAAAGUCUUCAGAGAGAGAGUUAAGAACACCUGCUGCCCCCACUACAACUUCAGGAGCAACCUCGUCCACUACUCGCAGGCCUCGUGGACGUCCUCCAGGUUCGAAGAACAAGCCCAAGCCACCGAUAAUCAUAACCAGGGACAGCCCAAAUGCGCUAAGAUCCCGUGUACUAGAAGUCUCUGCCGGUUCAGACAUAGUUGAGUCGGUGUCAAGCUACGCCCGGCGCCGCGGCUGCGGAGUUUGCGUUCUUAGUGCCAACGGGGCCGUAAACAAUGUUACCUUGCGCCAGCGAUCGGCAACCCCAUCUGGGUGUGUAGUAACGUUACAUGGGCGGUUAGAGAUUCUGUCUCUGACGGGGGCAGCUCUACCGCCACCAGCUCCUCUGGGAGCAGGUGGCUUGACGAUAUUUUUGGCAGGCGGGCAGGGACAGGUGGUAGGAGGGAGUGUGGUGUCGCCAUUGACGGCUUCAGGUCCUGUUCUGUUGAUGGUUGCGUCAUUUGCGAACGCGGUAUAUGAAAGGUUGCCAUUGGAGGAGGAAGAGUCGAGAGUACCGGUGCAGGUACAGCCGGCAAACUCACAAUCUUCGGGAGUGACCGGUAUUGGGGGUAGUGGGCAAUUGGGUGAUCAUGGGGGGAGCGGCAGCAGUGGUGGAGGUGGUGGUGGUGGUACUGUUCCUUUUUACAACUUGGGUAUGAGCUCGGGAAAUUAUACUUUCCAUAAUGAUCGUGCGUUUGGUUGGGGUGGCAAUUAA